GAAGGUGUGAACACUAUUGGAUUAUGAAACUCAAGAACAUGGAAGAGCUUAUAAAUAGAACUGGAAGUGGAAUCAAGUGAUCAGUUAUUCCGAAAAGGUUAGUGUUAGACAGCAGCAAGGAAAAUUGUACUUUGUGCGUGUGAAGUGAAAAUUUAGCAAUGGGAAGGGUUUAUGAAGUCAUUUUGAUGUGUUUAGUGCAUUGGAUUUCAGUUGGUGCCGAUUCCACCCGAAAUGCAUCCAUGGACAAAAUCGUUGGAGGCAUGGAGGCCAACCGUUACGAGUUCCCAUACCAAAUCUCGCUCCAAUGGAACCUGGGACCGAACUAUUCCCGUGCCCCGAUUCACUUCUGCGGCGGAUCCCUGCUGAAUAAAAACUGGGUUCUCUCGGCAGCGCACUGCCGGGUGCGUUACACCAGACGAGGCUGGAUUGAGGUUGUUGCUGCCGAGCACGACACAACGGUGACGGAUGGCGACGAGCAGCGGCGGAAGGUGUUAAAAUAUACCAAUCAUCGGAGCUACUGUGGCGGCGUUUGUCCGUACGACAUCGGGUUGAUUCUGGUGGAUAAGCCCUUCGAGUUGAAUAGAUUUGUGGCGCCGAUUAAGCUACCGAAGCAAUAUCAAAAAUUUUCCGGGGACUGUGUUGCGUCCGGCUGGGGAUCUACAUCGACUACAGAACGACCCAUGUAUCCCAAGCGACUCAUGAAAGCGUUGCUACCGAUAGUGGAAUUCAAGACUUGCUACAAGAACUGGGUGGAGGAAGGUGACCCGGAUGCCUUAUCAAAUGUCUGUGCCGGACCGCAAGACGGAUCACGGAGCGUUUGUUCGGGAGAUUCCGGUGGUCCACUGGCCAAAUUUGACGAAAAUGGAGAGAACCCCGUGCUGGUUGGAGUGGCUUCCUGGGGAACAAUUCCUUGCGGUAUGGAGGAGAAACCAGCGGUGUUUACCAAUGUCGCGAGCUACGUUAAUUGGAUCAAAGAAAAUAUGAGAUAAUAAAGAAACUGAUAAAUCCCAACUACUUGAAGUGAGCAUUGACGGGUCUUGUUAGGUCUCCAUUCUUUCUUGAACAUGAACAUCAUGACUGUAUAAUGUAUAUUCAUAAUUAAAAUUCUUUGGUAAACUACCCCGAGUAAAAUUGUACGUAGAAAUAAGCGAGUGGAGCUUUGAGUUGCCAGUUAGCUCUUAAUGUACACUUUUCGAAAGCUGGGUUUAUUUAUAACAAUAACUGUGAUGCCCAGUGGCCACGUCAUUACGG